AGGCAAUCCUGUCUUAUAGCGUAGUGCUACUAGACUGACAGUAUACGCGAAUUAUUAUUCUUAUUCGAGGUAGACGAGUCCUAAGAAGACUGGCACCGAUAUAUGUGCAAUAAUACCGAUAGCGUAUCGUUCAGAAACAGCUGUAUAUUUGUUCGCGGUUGGUGGUUCAGGACUGAGGAAUUCCUCGAGAGUGAAACAUGACUGGUAUCAUUCUCACGUAAUCCAAAGCCGAGUGAAGAGUGUCGAAAAACUUUAGACCAGUGACAGUGAUUAGAAAAAAAUUUUCAUUCAAAAUGGGCAAUUGCUACUCAGCAUUCUCAAGAUUUAGAGCCGUAUUCAAACCGCAAGAUCUUGGAGCAUCUUUACAGCCACUUUGCACUAAACCCGAAUGUCUUCCAAAACCACCAAAAUCUUCUGUGUCUGAACGCACUCACGUGUGGACCGAGCGCAAAGCGUAAAAGGAGUUAGAUCCGAUCGAUCGGCAACAGUAGGAGAUUUGUCUCUGGAUCGAUUAAAACUGUAAGGUAGUUGUGGUGGUGCAAAAAAAAUGUAUUAUAGAUUUUACGAUCGUUACCGUUCCUCCAACGACAGACGGGCGAAGCCAUUUCCGUUUUUAUUUUACUGGGAGGAUUUCGGUGUUCCGAUUCUUUCCGUAGUUGGGGUUGAUCCUUGCAUCAAUGAAAACGGCGAAUACCACAGGACGUCCCGUUACGAGAUUAUGAAUCGCGAUGGCGACAAAGCGAAACUGGUUGUAAGAAGAGGGCAGGCAUUUUUUUUAAAACUUAUGCUAUCCAGAAAUUAUCAACCUUCGACCGAUGGCGUCUCGUUGGUUUUUACUUUGGAUGGCGUUGAAAAGCCGCAGUAUGGUCAUGGGACUUUGGUGGCUACGCCUGUUUUAAGUCCUGGGGAUCCUUCGGAAGGUUCCUGGCAAGCAGUCAUAGACACUGUCGAAGAGAACACAAUGAAGAUCCGAGUAACGCCAUCUGUGAAUGCUUAUAUUGGAAAAUGGAAGCUUGAUAUCGACACCAAUAGGAAAGGUGAUGGUGCUGUGAGUUACACCAUGGAAAAUCCAUUUUACAUGAUUUUCAAUCCAUGGCACGAAGACGAUACAGUCUACCUGGAGAACGAGGAUCAGCGCCAGGAAUACGUAAUGGCCGAAACUGGUCUCAUUUGGCGCGGUAGCCACAAUCGUUUGAGACCAACUGUUUGGAAAUAUUCUCAAUUCGAACGUGACAUUCUUGACUGUGCACUUCACUUAAUGAUCGAAGUCGGUAAAACACGUACCAACGGUCGUGGCGAUCCUGUGAUAAUAUCACGUAUACUAUCAGCGGCUGUUAAUUCUCCAGAUGACAAUGGCGCCGUCAUGGGAAAUUGGUCUAAUGAUUUUGGUGGUGGUACACCACCUACCAAAUGGAUUGGCUCGCAGAAAAUUCUUCAACAGUAUUAUAAGAACAAGAAGCCUGUAAAGUAUGGACAGUGCUGGAUAUUUUCUGGUGUCCUUACCACUGUCUGUCGUACCAUUGGUAUUCCUUGUCGUGUUGUUACCAACUAUUCGAGUGCUCAUGACACUCAAAAUAGUUUGACCGUCGAUUAUUUUGUGGAUGCCGAAGGAAAAAUUAUGGAGGAACUCAACACCGAUUCCAUAUGGAAUUUCCACGUUUGGAAUGAAGUCUGGAUGAAGCGUUUGGAUUUGACUGAGGAAUGCGCUGGUUGGCAGGCCAUCGAUGCGACUCCUCAGGAACUUAGUGAAGAUUCGUAUCGCUGUGGACCGGCCUCCGUGGAAGCUGUGAAAAGAGGAGAAAUUCUUCGGCCUUAUGACAACGGUUUUUUAUUUGCCGAAGUCAACGCCGAUAAAGUUUUUUGGCGUUACAACGGACCGACGCAACCUUUAAAAUUAAUCCGAAAGGACAUUUAUGGUAUUGGACAACUGAUCAGUACUAAGGCUGUGGGAAAAUGGGAGAGAGAAGACAUAACGCACACGUACAAAUAUCCAGAAGACUCAAGAGAAGAGCGCACUGCCAUGUUAAAAGCACUUCGACAAAGUGAAUCGUCGUUCAGUCGUUAUUAUCUCAAUGAAGAAUUCAAUGAUAUCAUGUUCAACUUUGAACUUCGAGACGAUAUAGUUAUAGGUCAACCAUUUAGUGUCGUGAUGCUUAUGAAGAAUCGUAGCACCACGAAGGGGUAUCGUGUGACAGUCAUACUGAGAAUUGAAACUGUAUUAUAUACCGGAAGAGUGGGUGAUCCUGUCAAAAGGACAGAGACUGAACGUCUGGUUAGACCAGGAGUCCUGGAGGAAGUUCGCGUUGACGUCUCCUGGGAAGAAUAUGGACCAAGGUUAUUGGAUCAGUGCGCGUUUAAUAUCGCCUGCCUUGCUACUGUCAAGGAUACGAAUUUUGAAUACUUUGCUCAGGAUGAUUUCCGCGUGAGAAAGCCAGAUAUCAAAAUUAAGUUUGAAGGCGAUGCUGUGGUGGGAGAGAAGCUGACUGCUACAGCAAGUUUUAUAAAUCCUUUACCUAUUCCAUUGAAUAGGGGAAAGUUCAUUGUCGAUGGUCCAGGUUUGGAUGAACAAUUGAAAAUAAAAUUAUCCGACAAGGUGGAUGUUGCCGAAGAGGCGAGAUGCGAGUUUUCCAUGGUACCUAAAUUGGCAGGACGUGCCACAAUCGCAGCGAAAUUUUACUCCAAGGAACUUGAGGAUGUCGAUGGGUUUAUUAAUUUAAUGGUGAAGUCACCAAAAUCUGAAAAUGACGUCAGUUAAAUUACGAGACUGAGAUAACGAGGAAGGAUACGUGAUGAGAAAGAAAGCCAAAGUAAACGUGCUAUUUAUAAUAUCGAAUAUAUGAAAAAUCAGUGAAUAUUUAUAUUUAUACUAUUUUAUGAAAAGAAUGUAAAAGCCAAAAAGUAAAAUGAUUAAAUUUACCUUAAAAUGCAAAAA